AGUUUUAUAAUUGUUGACUAGGCGGUAAAUUGCUUUUAACAUAAUUAUUUUUACUGUUUAAGUAACGAAUGUGUGUGUUUUUAAAGAUCCGUAAUCAAAGAUAAAUUUUUUAUGGUGAACGUCUCAAGAAUUUUGUUCCACUCUGUAUAUUCUUUGUUCAAGGAUUUUAGUAUAUAUAUGAAAAUAUUAUAGAGCGACGCUGUGUUAUGAAAAUUAACCUGCAUAAUAUAUAAAACAAUACAAUGAUCAGUUGUAUUUGAUCCAUUAUAGAAAAUGGUUGAUUACCGAGAUGGUAGUGAUUCUGGGCAAAAUGCCACUUCAGAAGAUUUAGUUCAUGAUUGGAAAGAUGUUACAGUUAAGGACGUUUAUUCUCAGGAUAUUAAGAAAAAGUCCGAUUCGGCUUUUCUCUGUUUUUCUGCACUUACAGCUAAUGUACUACUCUUCGUUUGUUCAAAUUUUCACGUAUGGUCGUCUCCUGUCAUACCAAAGUUGAAAUCUAAUAGUAGUGAGAUUAAUCCAUUAGGCAGACCCAUAACUACUAUGGAAACAUCAAUGCUGGCUGGUUUACCAUUUCUAAUAGGAUUAGUUGGUUCAAUCUUCAUAGGAGCUAUAUCAGAUUUAAUUGGUAGAAAGAGAGCCAUGGUAUAUAGCGCAGUAUUUAUAUUAUUAGCAAGUUCCGUGAUUAUAUUCAGUAACAACAUAUAUGCGUACAUAAUAGCGAGAUGUGGAAUAUUUAUCGCAUAUUCUGCCACCCUGGUAUUAUUGCCAAUUUAUCUCACAGAAAUUUGUGAGGAUCACAAUAGAGCUAAAUAUGGUUGUUUGAUGGGUAUCAGUCUACCAGGUGGACAUCUCUUCAGUUAUGCAAUUGGAUCAAUAACAACUAUACCGAUUUAUACCUCAAUUUGUGUAGCUCCAAUAUUACCAUUUUUAGUAGCAUUCGGUAUAUUUGCACCGGAAACUCCAGCUUUUCUAAUUGCUAAAGGACAAACAGAACUGGCUAUAAAAACACUUGAAAAGCUUAGAUAUAAUAAUACACCUCAAGAUAUUGAAAGAGAAUACGAAAAGAUCAAAGAAAGUUAUAAUAUUAGGAAAAACGCUAGCAAAUUUACUCUGAUAAAGUUCUUGACGUCAAAAGUCACUAGAAAGGCUCUAGUAUUAGCUCUAUUACCUCUAUUGGUUCAAAAUUUUUCAGGCGUUACUGUAAUUAUGCAGUUCAUGGCACCCAUUUUCAAUGAAGCAGGUACAGUUUUAUCAGGAAACACAAUUUCAGUAAUAGCAGGAUCUAUUAAAGUUAUAACAUUUUUCACUAUUGCUAUGUUUGUGGAAAAAGUGGGAAGAAGACGUCCUUUGUUAAUAUCCGGUUAUGGAACAGGAGUUACCAUCUUCUUUCUUGGAUUAUUUUUUUACUGGAGGUAUACAAAGUGGGCGCAUGUGAAUCAAGUUCUAUGGUUACCAUUAUUAUGUCUUGUUCUAAAUUUGUUGUUAUAUUCCGGUGGUUUGGGACCCAUUCCUAUGGCCAUCAUGAGCCAACUAUUCACUACUAAUGUAAGAUCUAUUGCCAUAUCUGUUAUCGUUACAAUCAAUGGAAUCCUCAUUUUCUUGUUAAAUUUCCUUUUUCCCAUAAUAAGUAACAAAUUCGGCGUUCAUGUUUGUUUAUGGUUAUUCACUUUUUGCUGUAUGGUAGGUACUACUUUAAUCCAUUUUUUCUUGCCAGAAACAAAAGGAAGGAGUAUCCUUCAAAUUCAAGAAUUACUAGGAAAAUAGGAUAGCCAAUACAUUUAUUGUACACACUGUUUACAAAACAUUUUAUUUUUGUAUUAUUUAACUUUUACAAAUAAGACAUUGGAGGACAAAAAAACUAGUUGUUUAGUAUUUCUUUCGAAGAAACAUCCACUUCUCCCAUCUUCCAGUACUCCUAAUCCCAAAAAUAAAUAGAAGUCGAAAAAUUUCAAUAUUCUAAUUAAUUCAUAUUUCGUGAAAAAUAUGCACCCCACAAAAAUUGUCGCAUCACUAAUUAUUUUUUAAAUAUUUUAAAUGUGUUGCCUGUUUAACGAAUUUUUUUAUUGUUAUUACGAUCAAAAACACCGAUAGAUAUAUACGCCUUUUGUAACAUUUAUUAUAUAUCAGAGGAUUUACAAAAAGAUAGGGAAUAUAAAAAAAAUUCUACAAAACAUCUAUACAAAAAAAUGAACGGUGCUUAAACUAAAACCAGCCAAUGAAUUUCUAAUAGCGCUUGGUGCCGCCCUUCGCUCUAAUUACAACUUCCAUUCGUCUUGGAAGGCUUCUAAACAGGUUCUGGACGUAUCCUUGCGGCAUGUUUUCCCAGUUAAAAAUUAAAAAGAACAUUUUGAAGAUCAUCUAGUGUUCUUAUUGGUGCCGGAUGUUGCUCAAUUUGCCAUCCUAGAUGGUCCCAGACAUGCUCUAUUGGGUUAAGGUCCGGGCUACGUGUGGGCCAAUUCAGGGUGGGCAUUUCGACCUCUUCUAAGUACUGUCGAACAACUCCAGCAGCGAGUGGACGGGUAUUAUCAUGCUUUAGCACAGAGUUGUCACCGAUAUGAGGCAUAUAGUCUUCCAUCAUUCACUGGUACUAACUCCGUGCGACCCUCGAAAGAAAUUCCUCCCCAAACUAUGAUAGAGCCACCACCAAAGCUUUCAGUUUGACAAAAACUAACCUGAUACUGCCGUUCACCACGCCGCCUAUAUACUGGUACACGCCUAUCUGAUGAAUACAGACAAAAUCCUGAUUCAUCCGUGAAUAAAAUAUUGGACCAAUCUUGAAUAUUCCAAUUUGCGUGUUAUCGAGCAAAUUCCAAUCUUGCUACUCGAUGUUCUUUGGUAAGACGUGGACCUCUAGCUGGCACUCUGUUUGUAGGCUUAUUCGGACACUACCGAGUUUGCAGUCUUCGAGCGGUGGUAUGCCUAAUUCUUAACGCCGUUAACCUCAAAUAACGAAGUAACCCUUCCGCGGCCUUGUCCGGGUCUUCUGGUUAGCUGCCCUGUUUCUUGGUAUCGAAUAACAACUCUGGAUAUGGUGCUUUGUUGAACUCCAAUUACCCCGACGACGUAUCUUUGACUGCGGCCAUCUUGUAUGAGCGCGAUGAUUCUAGCGGCUUCUUCAUUCGUCACAUGUGUCGUUAAACGUUGAGGCAUAUCCAUUAUUAACGAAAUAAAUUCAAAUUUUCACUUUACAAUAACACUAUUUGCUUAAAAAGUUAUCGAUUUCAAUGCAUUCUCCAAGACAGAAAUGAUUUUUGUUUCCAAAAAAAUUUGUAAGAAAUUGUGUUUGUAGGUAUAAAAUAGGCCAAUAUUAAAAGUGUAUAAAUAAUAUUAAUAAUUGGCAUUGUCAAUUUUUUAGCAGUACCGAAUUAUUAAAAAAUUAUGUUUUUGUGUUAGUUCGUGUCUAAAACAUAGGAGAUACCGUGAUUUCAAGUUAUAAAGUCAGAUACCAAUCUGCGAAUUUAUAUUUAGGGUUUUGCAUGUUUCAAGUUCAUUAUCAUCUAUCGAUUCGAUACGAUACGAUUUAAACAUGACUCUUGCUAUCCGGAACACAUACGAGGUGUGGUUACGAAUUAACGAGAUCGCUGUAAUAGUAUAUUAGGUAACAAGACUUGUAAGUAACCCAUUACGCACGAAGUGAAUAAUUUUAUGCAAAAAUUUCACUACAGUGCGGAAUGGGCUUACAACUCGUGUAACUUAUUAUACUUUUUCUACGCCCAUUCAUGCAUGCUGAUUAAGAAAACGUGUCCUAUUGUAAAGCAUAAUGUGCUGACUACAUUUAGGGGCAUCACUCUUAAAUCCUAAAUACAUCUCGCUAAUGCUAAAUGUUUUUAUGUUUUUUAAUUGACUGAAUUUGUGUAAAUAGACCAAAUAAAGUCUUGCGCAAAUAAAAA